AUGCAACCAGACUAUAACGGUUGGUACAAACAAUUAAAGGUUAGCUUUUUGUUAAGUUUGUUUUACUUCAUUCGUGGGUCAAGUUUCAUUCCAUACGAAAACCCCUCUGUAUUGGUGUUCGCUGACAAGCACAUUCGAGUCACCGCACGCCGCACAAUGGACGCGUUUGAUUCUUACGGUCCGAAUUCUCAAGCCUUGACCUUCUUUGAUCCUGACGAGAAUGACUUGAUAGGUGGUGAUACACAAGGGCCGGAUUACGAUUGCGCUGAUUUCACACUACCAUCACAGUCUCAAACGUCCCAGAUUGAGGAUCGUGGAGGCCUAACACAAAAAGUAUGCUUACCAUAA